GGUUCCAGAGGGGCCGCGGGAGCCGCUGCCGCCGGGCGACAUGGCCUCAGCGUGGGAAGAGUUACAGAAAGAUUUGGAAGAGGUUAAAGAAUUGCUUACGAAAGCCACGAGAAAGCGAGUUCGUGAUGUCCUGAUGACAGAGAAACACAAGCUAGAGAUAGAAAUCAAGAAUCAGCCUCCACCGAAGCCAAAAGAUGUGGCAGAGGAAGAAAAGUUGUCACUGGGAGGGUACACGGUGAAAAUAAACAAUUAUGGUUGGGAUCAGUCAGAUAAGUUUAUUAAGAUUUACAUCUCUUUAAAUGGAGUCCAGAAGCUUCCGUCUGAGAAUGUGCAGGUGAAUUUCACAGAGAGGUCAUUCGAUCUGCUAGUGAAGAAUCUGAAUGGGAAGAACUACACCAUGACCUUUAACAACCUCAUGAAACCCAUCUCUGUGGAAGGCAGCUCUAGGAAGAUAAAGACAGACAUGAUCCUUGUGAUGUGCAGGAAGAAGCGGGAGGAAAAAUGGGACUGUCUCACUCAAGUGGAAAAAGAAAGCAAAGAGAAAGAGAAGGCUUCCUAUGACACCUCAGAUCCUAGUGAGGGGCUUAUGAACCUUUUAAAGAAGAUGUAUGCAGAAGGGGACGAUGAAAUAAAGCGCACCAUCAACAAGGCAUGGGUUGAAAGCAGAGAAAAGCAAUUUAAAGGGGACAUACCAAUGGAUAUUUAAAAGUACUUAAAUGCCGCCUUAAUACUGAUCUUCCAUGUGAGACAUGCUCUGCUGCAAGGAUCAUUGUUUACACAACCUUCUUCCAAGCAAAGACAGUCAUUUUCCAUUUCAGGUUGGAGAAAGUAUUUAAAUAAAAUAGCUUAUAAAGCAUUUCCUUCAGUUAAGUGGCUCACCAUUUCCUGAAGAGUGGAGCAUAGGUAUAUCCUUCCUGAAAAAGCAUGUCAGAUGAGUUGAAACUGAGAACAAUGUAAAAGAAAAGGAAUCCCAAACCAGGAGGGGUCAAGGCUUCUCUGUUUCAAGGGACAACUGUAUUCAACUGGUUGCUGGGGCUGAUGUCAUGCUCAUUGUGUGGGAUGUGUUUUUUAAUUUGAUGUGGGAAAGCAGGGUUAAAGCAUGUCACAGAGAAAUGCUGAAGAAAGCAGAACCACUAUCUCAUGCGCUUGAGAUUGAGUUGAGCAGAAAGAGUAUGGUGUUAAUCCCAUGGUAUUAAAAUUAAUUACUGGAUGUUUAACCUCUUACAGAUUUUAAAAACAUAUCUUUAGUGCCCAUGCUGUGACCUCCUUUGGGGUGUCUUUGAGGUGGCAUGUCACAGGGGGACAGUCAGUUUACCCUGGCUCUAACAGUGUAUGAAAAGACAAACUACUUCUUCCUAGCAAGAGUUUCACACUAAGAGCAGAAAGUGUAUUGAGACAGCAUAUACUCCAAAAUUCACUCUGCUGGGAGUGAUGGGUUGCUGUUUGCUGCCUGUGUGGCUUCCAUUACUUGGUCUGUUUAUUGCAGGCUUUCAGACCCACUGCUAGGGCAGGGAUGGAGCAGCCAUUCCCCCUUGGGUGCCCUGCUUUGAAGAAGAGGGCAAACAUGAGCUUAGCAGCAAGCGUGUUACUGUUUACUUCUUCCUUCUUGUGUCUCCCAAGGACAGAGUUGUUUGAUGUUACCUUACAAAUUAAGGAAGCCAUUUACUCUCUUGGUAUAGUCUGGGCUAGGACUUGUUAACCUUAGAGCAUUGGACUAAGCACUGCACUACAGGAGAGAAAUGACUAGCACGCUGUAGUUUCUCAUAGGUCCUCUCUCCACUUUGCUUGUUACUAUAAAUGCAUUAAUUUUGUAUAGCAAGUGUCUAAACUUGAGGCCAUGUUUUAUUCUCACUUCAUGCUCACCCUUGUUCAUGGCAGGAGACCCACUUUGCCCCGUUGUACAUUUAUGCUUUUUACCCCAGUGACCACAGUGAACUUACCAUAUGGUGGCAAAAA